AUGUUCCAAGAUGUACUGUCGGGAAGUCUUAUCUUAAAAUACCAAGGAGUUGAGAGGCACAAAGGAGCAGUAGAGGACUUGGCAUACAACGGUGGUUCAACGGCUGAUACAACAUUUUUUCUGAUUUGCAAAGGUAUUACCUACGAUAGGGGUGACAUAGACGCGAAGGUGAGUAUGCACGGGGACAAGAGUGGAGCCGCAGCAGUGGCAGGUUUUUACUGGACCUUGAGUCCACUCAAACCGAAGGGUCUUUCGCUGCCCGAUAAGAAGAUGGACCUUGUUAAGUAG